UACCUACCUUUUUCCGCUUCAAACUUAGGUAAGAAAAACGAGAGCCAAAAGCUUGUCCGCUAAAAACUGAAACCGGCCACGUUGUAGAUGACAGAGGCAAUUAGGUGCUUCAUUAAGUUACUUCCAGAGGCAUAUUGGCAAUUUGACACCGGUAAUGGUGAGUCUAGAAUUAAAAGCCUUCCAAGUUAGCUAGCAGCGGUUUGUAGGCCCAACCUCCCUGCAUGCCCAUUUAUACUCCUCCAUCCCCCAGAGAUCCACCACCGCCUCCUCCUCUUGCUGGCUAGCUCCUCGCUCCCUCUCUCCUCCUCGCACACACAUGGGGUCUCAUCGAUUCAAGCCCAUCGGAGAAUGUAGCUCGGAAGGAAGAGCGGAUCAGACAAUAGCUGCUGAUCUUGAUGGCACCCUCCUCAUAUCUCGAAGUGCUUUCCCUUACUACAUGCUCGUCGCCAUCGAAGCCGGCAGCCUUCUGAGGGGACUAGUCCUCCUCGCCUCUUUUCCCCUCGUGUGCAUCAUUUACCUAUUCUUCUCCGAGUCUCUGGCCAUCCAGAUGCUCGUCUACAUCUCCUUCGCAGGAUUGAAGAUGAGAGAUGUGGAGAUGGUGGCUCGCUCCAUCCUGCCUAAAUUCUAUGCCGAGGACGUCCACCCUGAGAGUUGGAGGGUGUUCGGUUCUUGCGGCAAGGGAUACGUCGUUACCGCAAGCCCCCGAGUCAUGGUGGAGCCUUUCGCCAAGAGCUUUCUCGGGGCCCACAAGGUCUUCGGGACGGAGCUGGAGGUCACCAAGUCGGGAAAGGCGACGGGCUUCAUCAUGCGACCUGGAGUUCUUGUUGGGGGGCUCAAGAAGGAGGCCGUCCAGAAAGAAUGCGGCACCCGCUUGCCGGAUCUGGGCGUCGGGGACAGAGAGACCGACUAUGCCUUCAUGUCCGUUUGCAAGGAGGCUUACUUGGUGCCAAAAAGCAAAUGCAAUCCUGUACCGAAGAACCAGCUGCUGAGCCCAAUCAUCCUUCAUGAUGGACGGCUGGUCCAGCGGCCUACUCCCCUGGUUGCUCUCCUCACGUUUCUCUGGAUGCCUCUCGGUUUUGCUCUGGCCCUCACCAGGGUCUACAUCAACCUCCCUCUUCCAGAGCGCAUCGUGUUCUACAACUACAAGAUCAUGGGCAUCAAGCUGGUCGUAAAAGGCACGCCUCCCCCUCCUCCUAAAAAAGGGCAUCCGGGGGUUCUCUUCGUGUGCAACCAUCGGACCAUGCUCGACCCCAUCGUCGCGGCCGUCGCACUCGGCCGCAAGAUCAGCUGCGUCACUUACAGCAUCAGCAAGUUCUCGGAGCUCAUAUCCCCUAUCAGGGCCGUGGCGUUGUCGCGGGAGAGGGAGAAGGACGCCGCGAACAUCAAACGCUUGCUGGAGGAAGGGGAUCUGGUGAUUUGUCCCGAGGGCACGACAUGCAGGGAACCUUUCCUCCUAAGAUUUAGUGCGCUGUUUGCGGAGCUCACCGAUCGGAUUGUUCCGGUCGCGAUCAACACCAAGCAGAGCAUGUUCCAUGGCACGACUGUUCGAGGGUGGAAACUCAUGGAUCCGUACUUCUUCUUUAUGAAUCCUAGGCCCACCUACGAGAUCACUUUCCUCGAUCAGUUGCCCACGGAGCUUACCUGCACUGGGGGGAAGUCGCCGAUAGAGGUCGCCAAUCAUAUACAGCGGGUGCUGGGGAGCACGCUGGGAUUUGAGUGCACCAACUACACCAGGAAAGACAAGUACAGCAUGUUAGCUGGAACCGAUGGUCGUGUCCCAACCAAGAAGAAGGAUACUUAGCAAAUCCAAGGGCGUGAUUGCUGCCGUGCAUGAUUGAAGAGAUGCCAGUGAAUUUGGUUAAUUGUUGAACUCAAGAAGGAGAAAAAAAAAAAAAGUUGAUCCAUAUAUAUGUCUUAUGGAUGCUGGUAUUUGGUUUUUCUAGUUAUUUAUUUUAAUAUAUCCCUUCGAUUUAAAUUGUUUAGUACAUGAGUAAAGCUGCGCAGUGUGUUUCGCCGGAGCCAGGAGGCAUCGAGCAUUGAAAAGUUCAUGAAUACCGUGAAGAUAUUUGAUUUCCA